AGGAUGGUUACUACCGACAGAUUGAUGGCUUCUGUGGAAAAUGUCAUGAAAUUUUUCAGGUACCUUUGGUACCGGUGAUUUUGCUGAUUGGAGCUCCUAUUGCUUUGAUCAUCAUCAUGAAAUUUGGCACACAAGGCAUUUCCAAGACCCGGUUCUCCACCUUCAAUGAAUUUCUGGGCAUCGGCUACGUGACCGUGGUCUUCAUUCAGACCUUGGGAACCAACAUGAGCAUCAUGCCGGAUGUCCCGGGAGUCCUGGGCUCCUCGUUGGCCUGGACAGCGGCGAUCCAAGACAUUACGUCGCAGUUCCGACUGCAAUGCUUUCUCCGCAUGAGCUUCGCGGUGGAGUUUGCGCUGAAGCUCCUGGCCCCAUUGUACGGCAUGCUCCUCUUCGUGGCCAUGUACUGGAUUAGUAAGCUUUGCAAGCGCCUGACCUUGGACAGAGACGUGGUCAUCGGUACCUACGGGAGCUUCUUCGUGGCCUUCUUCAUCUCCAUCGCCAAUCUGUCCUUGAAGCUCUUCCAGACUUACGAGCACCCCAAUGGAGAAAGGUCCAUGAUUUCCGAGCCGGCUGUCAUCACAAGCUCAGAUACAUGGUUGAGCAUGGUUGCGGGUACAUCACUGUCCAUUUGCUUGUAUUGCGUGGGUGCCACAGCGGGUAUCGUUUAUGCGCUCUACAAUGCACCCACCUUCUUCAAGGAUCCGGGCUUUCGCAAGCGAUGGAAGUUCCUGUUCCUUUCCGUGCGACCCUCCACGUACUGGUGGGUCACUGCUUCCUUGGUGAAGGCCUUUUUCUUGUCGCUGACCACCAUUGUCUUCCAGCGACCCAUGGGUCAGACCAUUUGGCUCGGAACUGGUUUGAUGCUCUACUUCUUGGCAGUCUUUUGGUUCCUGCCAUGGCGAACGGCCACAUUGCUUUGGUUGGAUGUGGCGCUGCAUUACCUGCUGGCCGUUCUUUGUUUGCUGAUGCCUUUCUUUGUCCCGGCCAAUGAAACCGAGCUCAUCGAUGCAGCGACGGUCUUCUUGAUGGUCUGUGUCGUCGGCAUCAUGUGCGCAGCACUCUGCGUCCUUGGGGUUCUUCGAACACAAUCACCAAGUGCACAGAGGCAAUGGAGGUUGACCUAUGAACAGGAUGCCCGGAAGUUUGUGGAAGUCUUCCAGGUGAUGAACGAUGCGCAGCUCAUGGCAGAUGUUCUGCAUGGCUUGGUGGAUGUGGACUAUACCCUGACCAUUAGCGUCAUGAAGAUUCUCAGUGUGGAGCUGCUCGGAAACACCGAAAGUGGCCGUUUGAUUUGGAGGAAGGGUGGCCGCCUCGGAACCAACAAGAAGAAGGAGCGAGGUCCUGAUCUCCCAGAGGAAUUCUAAAUGUCUCCUGGCCGGACACCGAGGGAAGGAGUGAAAAACGAAAGGCUUUCAGAGAGAAACGACCGGCUGAGAAAGAAAGGGUCUCUAAAUGUCUCAGACAGGUCAGACAGAUCAGACAGCAGAUCUAAGCACCACCAAACAGGUCGACCGAUUUGGAC